UUCAUCUCUUGUGUCAAUAAACAGACGGAUGAGUAUAGGAUAAUGCACUCUGUCCAUUUAAAUUUGGCUUUGGUCAAACGAGUUGAAUGGUAUUUGAUUUUGCUUUCAACGGAUGUUCUUUUUCGGUUCACUGAUUUGAUAUUUCAGUCUGACAUUUUCUGUGUUUAAUAGGAGUGGCAUGUGUUUUCGAAUUUGCUUGAAUAUAAGCUUGGGUUAAAUUUUAGGGCGAAAUGUGCCUGAGUAGGAGACAUUCAUGACACUGACAAUAUAAAAGAAUUAUGAAACAGUGAUUAUUUAUUACAAAAAAGUGUUAACUGUGAUGAAACCAUGGAGAAUAUGGAAAAGGAAAACAAGAAUAUAUUUUCUUCUUCUUAUGUUCCCUUUCUUUUUGGCUCUCUUUGUUCUUCUUUGUUCACAGUCCAACCUGGUUGAGAAAAGCUCUGAUGAUAGAAUAAUUCGAAAAUCAAAAAGACAAAUUGAGUAUGUGGAUAAAAGAGGAAUUCAUGUUAUAGUUGGACAUUAUAUUGGAAAUGAAUUACCUUGGAAUCCUACUCCUAACUUAACUGAUGAAAUAAUAAAUCAUAAUGGUUAUUCACCCAUACCUAAUGCUGGUGCAAAUGGAGAUGCUUAUUUUAUCUUACCAGAGGAAAGAGAGAAAAGCAAAGCACUUUUUUAUAUAAAUAAGUUUAAUUUACUUGCCAGUGAUCGAAUUCCAUUGAACAGAAGUUUGCCUGAUGAACGUAGAAUGGCAUGCAGAGAAAAAAAGUACGACUUGCAAAAGUUACCCACAACAAGCAUUAUUAUUGUGUACCAUAAUGAAGCCUGGUCAACUUUGUUAAGAACCGUCCAUAGCAUUAUCAAUCGAUCUCCUUUGAUAUUAAUAAAAGAAGUUAUUUUAGUGGAUGAUGCAAGCACAAGGAGAUUUUUAAAAAAGCCUUUAGAUGAAUAUGUAUCCCAUCUUCCUGUUUCUGUUCAGAUCAUUCGAUCAUCUGUAAGAGUUGGACUCAUUCGAGCUCGUUUACUUGGAGCUAAUAUUGCAAAAGGGGAAGUUCUUACCUUUCUUGAUGCACAUUGCGAAUGUUCAGUAGGAUGGUUGGAACCUCUCCUGAGUCGCAUUGCAGAACAAAGAACACGCAUUGUAUGCCCAGUAAUAGAUAUCAUACAUGAUGAAACAUUUCAGUAUGUACGAAGUUUUGAAUUGCAUUGGGGAGCAUUUAAUUGGGAGUUGCAUUUUCGUUGGUAUCCUGUUGGGGAAAGAGAAUUACUGAAUAGAAGAAAUGACUCAACAGUUCCAUUUCGGACACCUGUGAUGGCAGGUGGCUUAUUUUCAAUUGAUAAAUCUUACUUUGAGGAGAUUGGUCGCUAUGAUGAAAAAAUGGACAUUUGGGGUGGUGAAAAUAUUGAAAUGUCUUUUCGUGUUUGGCAGUGUGGUGGAAGCAUAGAGAUUGCACCUUGCUCACAUGUUGGACAUGUUUUUCGAAAAUCUUCACCAUAUACAUUUCCUAGACCUGGUGGAGUUGGUGCCGUUUUAUAUCAGAAUCUUGCUAGAGCAGCUGCGGUUUGGAUGGAUGAGUGGAAAACAUUUUAUUUUAAAAUGAAUCCUGAAGCAGCUAAAACAAACCAUAAUGUAGAUGUAGAUUCCAGAUUGAAAUUGCGAGAAAGGCUUAACUGCAAGAGUUUCAAAUGGUAUUUGGAGAAUGUUUGGCCAGAACAUUUUCUUCCAAUGGAUGGUAGAUUUUUUGGGAAGAUAAGAAAUUUAAAGAAUGGAAAAUGUUUCCAAAGAGGAGGCUCAUCUCAACAUUCAGUUGGAAAAAUGAAACUAGCAGCAUGUGUUUUUGAAAUAUAUCCUAAGCAGCUAUUUAUAUUAACAAAGAAAGGACAAAUUAUGAGUGAUGAAUCUGUUUGCUUGGAUUCUCCUGAAGGAGCAGAAGACACAUAUGUUGUGAUGUUAGCAUGCAAUGAAAUGUUGCGCCAAAAGUGGACUUAUGAUCCAACGAAACAGAUUCUUGUUCAUUCAAAAUCAAAUUUGUGCCUUGAUAUACCUUCCAAAACUCGACCUGAAGCAUUGACUUUACAAAUCUGUGAUGGCAGUUCUAAUCAGAAAUGGCUUUUUGAAAAUGUAGAUUGGAAAAGUUAAUAUUCAGAGAAUUAAUUUGAAAAAAAAAGAAUUUAUUUCUUUUAAACUACUUUUUUAUUUGCCAUUUAAUCUUUUAUUUUGCAUAUUUAUUAUUCCAUAACCAUGCUGUUGCUUUGCUAAUUAUAUAUUUCUUUUUACAGUUUGCAAUUUUUAUUUAAAACACAAUGUAUGUGUUUUGUGACAUUCGUACAUUUUCAAAGUAUUUUUUAGUUCCUGGCAUUUAAUAUUUGCUGUAGUUUUAUGUUUUGUCUUUGUCCAAUUAAUAUUCAGCUAUAUUACUUGAAUCUUGUAAAUGCUUUUUUUAAUUGCAGUUUAUAUGCGAAUGAGUUGCUGCAUAUAAAUGAAAUUUUAAAUCCAUGAACUUAAAUGAACUUUUGUAUCAGUGAAUUCAGAAGCUGUGAAAUCUAUUGUUUACCUAGUUUUUGAAAUCUAUAUGAAAUUUAUUUUAUUGAUACAGGUAGAUACUGUUCUACUAUUUUACUUUUUAAAAAUCUUCAGUGGUUAAAAUAAGGUUUCUGAACAAUUUUAUUAGUGCUAUAUAUAUUUAUAAUUAUUUAUCAAUUCUGCUUAUAGUCUACUUACAGCUGCUUAUAUUUAAACAGAUUGAUAUAAUUUAUUUUUUUA